AUGAAAGUAAAAAGAAUCGCAGUGAUUGGCGCCGGGGUCUGCGGCUUAGGUGCCAUUAAGAGUUGCCUGGAGGCGGGACUGGAGCCCACGUGUUUUGAAAAGGGCAGUGACAUUGGAGGACUGUGGAGAUACGAGGAGACACCUGACUCUGGACGAGCUGGCAUAUACAAAUCCCUUACCUGCAACACCUCCAAGGAGAUGACAGCCUUCAGCGACUACCCCGUUCCCGACCAUUUUCCCAACUACAUGCACAAUUCCAAAAUGAUGGAGUAUCUCAGGAUGUACGCCAGGCACUUUGGUCUCAUGCAGCACAUCGAGUUCCUGGCAAAGGUGUGCAGCGUGAGGAGGUGCCCUGACUUUUCAUCCUCUGGCCAGUGGCGAGUUGUGGUCGAAGCUGAUGGGAAGCAGAAAUCCUACAUCUUCGAUGGGGUCAUGAUCUGCAGCGGCCAUUACACUGAAAAGCAUUUGCCCUUACAGGAGUUUGCAGGCAUCCAGGAGUUCCGGGGCAGAUACCUGCACAGCCGGGAGUACAAGCACCCAGACGCUUUUGCGGGGAAGAGAGUGGUUGUGAUUGGCAUCGGGAACUCUGGAGCAGAUGUGGCUGUCGAGAUCAGUCGCGUUGCUGAACAGGUUUUCCUCAGCACGAGACGCGGCGCGUGGAUUUGGAAACGGGUGUGGGACGACGGCAACCCCAUGGACACCGUGCUCUUCACCCGGUACAACAGGGCAGUCCAGAAACUGCUGCCCUCCUUCCUGAUCAACAGGUGGGCAGAGAAUAAGCUGAACACACAGUUCAACCACGCCAACUACGGGCUGCAGGCUGCACACAGAGUUUUUUCAUAUCAAACAGUUUUCAGUGAUGACCUGCCAAAUCGCAUAAUCACAGGAAGAGUGCUGAUGAAACCAAAUGUGAAGGAGUUCACCAAGACAUCCGCCAUCUUUGAGGAUGGCACUGAAGAGAACGUGGACGUCGUCCUCUUUGCCACAGGAUACACCUUCUCCUUCCCUUUCUUGGAGGACGACUUGGCAAUCCUGGGCAGCCAACACUCCAUGUAUAAGUUCGUCUUCCCUCCUCAGCUGGAGAAGCCAACGCUGGCUUUCCUUGGCAUCCUCCAGCCAGCGGGAGCCCUCAUUCCCACGUCCGAACUCCAGAGCCGAUGGGUUGUGCGUGUAUUCCAAGGACUGAAAAAAUUACCCUCAGAGACUGACAUGAUGGCUGAGGUCAACAGAAGGAAAACGAAAAUGGCAAGAGAGUUCAUGGAGAGCCCAAGAGACGCACAUCGAGUGCAGUACAUCGACUACAUGGACGAAAUUGCUUCUGAGCUUGGAGUCAAGCCCAGCCUGUUCUCCCUCCUCCUCUGGGAUGCCAAGCUGGCCAAGGAGGUUUUCUAUGGGCCCUGCACCCCAUACCAGUACCGCCUGCAGGGGCCCGGCAAGUGGAUGGGGGCCCGGGCAGCCAUCCUCACCCAGAGAGACCGGAUCCUCAAGCCCCUGAGAACACGUGUGCUGCAACCCUCUGGCUCCUCUUCCUCUAGGUGGCUGUGGGUGGCAAGGGUCUGCGCAGUCCUUUUUCUCUCUGCUUCUGUGGUCAUCAUCACACAGAUGGUCCUGGAACCAGAGAAGAACCAGGCACUUAGAUUUGAAGUCUAUCAAAAGGAAACAGUUAAUGAGUUAAUGUGAGAAAGGACUAGCUCACAUACAGAUAUUUCAAAGAAAACAAUCACUCCAGUAAUGAUUUUCCCACAUGCUCUAUAUGAGGGAGGUGUGAAAUGCGUAGCUUGUGGCUCCUUUAUUUCCGAAGGAAUUUGAAGCAUCAAGUUUACCAACAAAGGACGGUGAAACAAAAAGUGGGGCUCAUGUGAAAACCAAGGGCAGUGACAAAACAAAACCAGCAACAGACCUCAAGUGUGCACUCUGGGGCCUCAAGCACCCCCCACAAGCACCAUUUCUACUGCACAUGAAGACCCGUCUUUCCAACAGAAAAACCAGUCACCACCUUCAGCCAACUGACCACACAGCACCAGUAAGGGAGGGUCAACACGUCCACGUGAAACUGCAGUUUCUACCCCGAUGCCAUCAGAAGCCCAACAUCACCUCUGGUACAGGGCCAACACUGUUCAACUGAAAUGUAUUUGAGGAACCAGAAAAUGAAGAAAGAAAAUGUUCUUAAGAUAUUUUCCUGGCAGUCUAAAAACUGCAACAUUACGUCAACCUACACCUUAAAGAGACAGGAAGCGUUGUCUGUAUUAAUGGAGACUAGUACAGUGGAAGAGUGACAAAAUACACUGUGCACUAACUGCUAGUUUUAGCACAGAGGGAGGUUUAACCUGCAAUGCACAGAGGUGGUCCUCCUGAAUUCAUGGCGAUGCUGGCUGGGGUCUUACUGGUGUUGUGGUCAUGUACUAAGACAUGCUUACUUUUAGAAGAUGCACACAGAAGCACAAUAAAGUAUCAUGAUAGCCACAAUUUACCUGAAAAAGACACAAGAAUAACUGGGUGUGCCUGUAAGAGUGGCAGAGAGUGGUAACAUGAAAAGGACCAAAUGUCAACAUCUGGGGAUUCUAGGAAAAUGGGAUUC